AUGGCUGCGUUUGAUCCUGCUGCGAGGAAGCGAGUCCUUCGGGUCAUUGCCAUCUCGCUACUCCUCGAUUUGAUUUCAUUCACCUUCAUCCUCCCCUUGUUCCCCAAACUCCUUGAGUUCUACCGCGAUCACGAAGGUCAAGCGCCCCCUGACCAUGACGGACCUCGAACCCUCCUCCAGAUCAUCCUAUCUGGUCUCCAUCGAUACAAGGCUUCCUUUUCUCGUCCCAUCGAGUCACGACACGACAUUGUGCUUCUCGGAGGAGCUCUGGGUUCCCUAUUCUCACUUCUCCAGGCUAUUGCCUCUCCUCUUAUCGGCGCCCUCUCCGAUCGAUAUGGCCGACGUAAAGCCCUUUUAGCUUCCAUGUGCGGUAACAUUGUUUCGGUGCUGCUCUGGGUUGCCGCUGUCGAUUUCCGAACUUUCAUCGCUAGCCGUGUCGUGGGAGGACUUUCAGAGGGCAACGUUCAGCUUGCAACCGCGAUGGCGAGCGAUAUCUCGGACGAUUCAUCCCGUGGCUCAACAAUGGCUUUGAUCGGCGCGUGCUUCUCCAUCGCCUUCACCUUCGGUCCCGGACUCGGCGCGUGGCUCAGCACAUUCUCGGUUUUCACUGCGAACCCCUUUGCUGCGGCUGCAGGCUUCAGUCUGGCGCUGAUUGUCACAGAGACGGUGUAUCUGUACUUCAGUCUCCCUGAGACACUACCCUCUCUGCGCGGUGCUCAGACUAAGGUUGGUGAGAAGAAGGCUGCGCCCAAGAAGAUUGAGAGGACCAACUCUCACUUCCUUCUCAACGCCAUCCACUUUGUCUUUCUGCUGUUCUUCUCCGGUAUGGAAAGCUCAUUGUCUUUCAUGACGUACGAGCUCUUUUCCUUUACCUCGGGCAAGAACGGUCGGCUGCUGGGAUACGUUGGUCUGGUAGCAUCUAUCCUCCAGGGUGGCGUAACACGACGCCUGCCGCCCCUGAUGUCUGUCCGCAUUGGUACAAUCGCGUGCCUUGCGUCCUUCAUCCUCCUGGGACAAGUCAACACUGUUGGUGGUUUGUAUCUCGCCGCGACAUGCCUGGCAGUUACAUCUGCCACGGUUGUCACUGGUCUGAACGCACUGAGCAGCUUUGAGGCUCACGAGGACGAGCGCGGCAACAAGCUUGGUAUGCUACGAAGCUGGGGCCAGCUCGGUCGAGGUCUAGGCCCCAUCUUGUUCACGAGUGUCUACUGGUGGGCCGGCCGUGAGGUGGCAUACACCAUGGGUGCUACAGGAAUUGCUGUUGUGGCUGCGGCUGUCUUUGGAGGUCUGAAGACACCCAAGGGGAUGAUCGCCAAAGCCAAGAAGGUAGAGUUCAAGGCCCAGUGA